AGGCUACGCUGAGGUGCUCUGGUGUUCUGUAUGAGAACCUCCUGAAGCUGAGGAACGUCUUAAACCACUAAAACCAGCAGGAACUCUGGCGUCCUUUUUUUUUUUUUUAUUUACCUGGACCGAGUUUCCCCGGAGUAGGCCUGGUCUUGUUUACGGUCGGUCUUACUGGCAACCACGUCAUUAUCUGACAGCCCUGAGGGCGGAGCUCCGCAGAGGGAAGCAGCCAAUCAGCGGCCUGCUCUUGACAGACGUUUAUAAGGAGAGAGGCGCGCCGCCGCUGCCAUUAAUGAGGAAACUAACUCAGAAGGAGCGACCGGGAUUGAAAACAUCCGAAUUUAUCUCUGGACUCCGCUUUGAAUCCACCUAAAGGUACAAACCGACCACUGGGUACAGUACAGUUCCACUAUUUUGGAGGUUUUCUGUUUUUUUGGGGGUAGUUUGAGCUUCAGUGUGGUUAUAAGCUACAGCGGGACGUUGCGCUGAAGACUGACGCAUCUGGGGACGCUGACGUCUCGGUGUCUUUGCAGCGCUCUCUUGUAUUUGACUGUCUGAUUUGAAUUAUGUCCACAAUAAUGGAACAGCCUUUUUAUGACGACUCGUUUCUCUCUGCUUAUGGCCAUCCAGGCGCAGCGCUGCCAGACUACAAGCUGCUUAAGCAGAACAUGAACUUGAACUUCUCCGAUUCUUAUCGGAACUCGAACUUGAAGCCUCAGCAGUUCCUGCGCGCCGACACUGAUUUCUAUCCGGCCGCCGGGACCGCGGACGUGGGCUCGCUGAAGCUCGCCUCCCCCGAACUUGAGCGGCUGAUCAUCCAGAACAGUAACGGGGUCAUCACCACCACCCCGACACCUGCGCAGUACCUGUACAGCCGUGGCAUCACCGAGGAGCAGGAGUGCUUCGCUGAAGGCUUCGUGAAAGCGCUGGACGAUCUACACAAGAUGAACCAGAUGGCGCCUCCAAACGUGUCCAUCAGCGCCGGUGGCGUGGCCUGUCCGGCUCCGGGUUCGGUGUUCGGUUCGUCCCUGCAGCCGGAGCAGCUCCAGUACACGACCCUGAGCAGCUGUGCCACGAACCCCGGCCUGACCUCUGCAGCCAGCUACCCCUCCACCACCAUCAGCUACCUGCCGCAUCACCAGUACCACCAUCCGCAUCCCCAGGCUGCUGCGCACGGGUCCCCUCACUUCCAGCACUCGCUGCCCGGCGCCGGGAUCCACUCGCAGCGCUUCGAGGGUCUGAAGGAGGAGCCCCAGACUGUCCCCGACAUGCAGAGCAGCGACGAGUCCCCGCCGAUGUCCCCCAUCGACCUGGAGAACCAAGAGCGGAUCAAAGCGGAGCGCAAGCGGCUGCGGAACCGGCUCGCAGCCUCCAAGUGUCGGAGGCGCAAGCUGGAGCGCAUCGCGCGGCUGGAGGACAAGGUGAAAGUGUUGAAAACGGACAACGCUGGACUGUCAAACACGGCGUCCGUGCUGCGGGAGCAGGUGGCCCAGCUCAAACAGAAAGUCAUGACGCACAUGAGCAGCGGCUGCCAGCUGAUGCUGGCGCCCAAAGUCAAGUCUUACUGAGCAGACAGGAUGCACUUUACACACACUGGACUGCACUGGGCAACACGCGGACGUGUUUGAGACCGGAUCCAGAAUAAAAACUGCACAAAAUCAAAACACUGGGGGCAAUUUCAAGUGUCGUCUCGGCUUUGCCUGUUUACAUUUUCCUUUUUCUGCCGUUUGUGAUGCUUUUGUGUAACUUAUUUGUGUUUGAACACGUUUCGUUUUUUUUACCUGUACAGUAAAUAUUUAAGUAAAUGAAUUUAUGAAAUUAAAACAUGUGUUUUCUUAA